AUGGGAGACUUCGAUUCCAAUCCAACACUACUAAUAGAUCGGAAUCCCAUCCAGCCGCCACUUCCUGAAGGAAGAAGCUAUGAGAUUUCACCGGAGAUUAUUGGUUUGGUGAAACAAAACCAGUUCCAAGGGAAACCCCAAGAGAAUCCUUUGGAACAUAUUGAUGCUUUUGAAGAAAUUUGUGGCACCAUCAGUGCAGGAGGUGCACCCAAGGAGUACUUAAAGUGCAAACUAUUCUCUUUCACUUUGACAGGGAAGGCUUUGCGCUGGGUUAAGUCUCUUCCAGCUCAAUCCAUAACCACAUGGAAAGAGUACAAGGUGGCAUUCCUAGGUCACUUUUUCACAAAGCAGAGAGCAAACUUGUUGAGAGAAAAGAUCUCUAGUUUCCAACAAGGGCCGGUGGAGCCUUUUCAUGAAGCAUUGGAGCGCUUCAAGGACUAUACAAGAGAGUGUCCUAACCAUGGGCUAUCUGAGGGCAGUCUAUGGAACAUUUUCUACAGAGGAAUAAGUGGGAAGUGUAGAUUUUCUCUUGAUACAGCCAGCAAUGGAAAUUUCAUGACCAAGACAGUUACUGAAGCAAAGAUUUUGAUUGAAAAUCUAGCCUCAAGCGACAGUGACAACUUCAUUGGCAUGAGAGAGCAGUGA